UGAAGAUCACAACGGGUCUGGCCAGGGCCCGCCGCGGGGCUCCGAGCUGGCGAGCACACCGACGGCUGGAUGGGGCGACGCUUCCUGCUCCGGUCCCUAACUCAUUAUUAAGCUCCUCGCUCUUUGCAGACGCUCCCUGCGCCUCCCCCGCUCCGGGCUGCAGCGGCGCAGGCGCCGGGCCGAGCCGAGCGCCGAGCGGGGAGCGGGCGGCCACGCUCCGGGCCGGGGUCCCGGGGGAGCAGAUCCUCAGAAUGGCCCUUGGUGCUGCAGGCGCGGUGGGCUCCGGGCCCAGGCACCGAGGGGGCACUGGAUGACUCUCCAGGUGCAGGACCCUGCCAUCUAUGACUCCAGGUCUUCAGCACCCACCCACCGUGGUACAGCGCCCCGGGAUGCCGUCUGGAGCCCGGAUGCCCCACCAGGGGGCGCCCAUGGGCCCCCCGGGCUCCCCGUACAUGGGCAGCCCCGCCGUGCGACCCGGCCUGGCCCCCGCGGGCAUGGAGCCCGCCCGCAAGCGAGCAGCGCCCCCGCCCGGGCAGAGCCAGGCACAGAGCCAGGGCCAGCCGGUGCCCACCGCCCCCGCGCGGAGCCGCAGUGCCAAGAGGAGGAAGAUGGCUGACAAAAUCCUCCCUCAAAGGAUUCGGGAGCUGGUCCCCGAGUCCCAGGCUUACAUGGACCUCUUGGCGUUUGAGAGGAAACUGGAUCAAACCAUCAUGCGGAAGCGGGUGGAUAUCCAGGAGGCUCUGAAGAGGCCCAUGAAGCAAAAGCGGAAGCUGCGACUCUAUAUCUCCAACACUUUUAACCCUGCAAAGCCUGAUGCUGAGGAUUCCGACGGCAGCAUUGCAUCCUGGGAGCUACGGGUGGAGGGGAAGCUCCUGGAUGAUCCCAGCAAACAGAAGCGGAAGUUCUCUUCUUUCUUCAAGAGUUUGGUCAUCGAGCUGGACAAAGAUCUUUAUGGCCCUGACAACCACCUCGUUGAGUGGCAUCGGACACCCACGACCCAAGAGACAGACGGCUUCCAGGUGAAACGGCCUGGGGACCUGAGUGUGCGCUGCACACUGCUCCUCAUGCUGGACUACCAGCCUCCCCAGUUCAAACUGGAUCCCCGCCUAGCCCGGCUGCUGGGGUUGCACACACAGAGCCGCUCAGCCAUCGUCCAGGCCCUGUGGCAGUAUGUGAAGACCAACAGGCUGCAGGACUCCCAUGACAAGGAAUACAUCAAUGGGGACAAGUAUUUCCAGCAGAUUUUUGAUUGCCCCCGGCUGAAGUUUUCUGAGAUUCCCCAGCGCCUCACAGCCCUGCUAUUGCCCCCUGACCCAAUUGUCAUCAACCAUGUCAUCAGCGUGGACCCUUCAGACCAGAAGAAGACGGCGUGCUAUGACAUUGACGUGGAGGUGGAGGAGCCAUUAAAGGGGCAGAUGAGCAGCUUCCUCCUGUCCACGGCCAACCAGCAGGAGAUCAGUGCUCUGGACAGUAAGAUCCAUGAGACGAUUGAGUCCAUAAACCAGCUCAAGAUCCAGAGGGACUUCAUGCUAAGCUUCUCCAGAGACCCCAAAGGCUAUGUCCAAGACCUGCUCCGCUCCCAGAGCCGGGACCUCAAGGUGAUGACAGAUGUAGCCGGCAACCCCGAAGAGGAGCGCCGGGCUGAGUUCUACCACCAGCCCUGGUCCCAGGAGGCCGUCAGUCGCUACUUCUACUGCAAGAUCCAGCAGCGCAGGCAGGAGCUGGAGCAGUCGCUGGUUGUGCGUAACACCUAGCAGCCCAGAAAUAAGCAGCACGACGGAACUUCCGGCCGUGUCCCAGGCCCCGGCGUUUUGCCCCGGGCUCCAGCAUCACUCCUUUGCCACCUUGGGGUGUGGGGCUGGAUUAAAAGUCAUUCAUCUGACA